AUGCAGGGCUGUUUCGGUCAUUUUACAGCCAACAUCGAGGUGUUCUUUAACCCUAAACCCCAGUCUCUGCGCGGCCUUCUUCACGCACAAAGUUUCCGGAGGCUCCUUUCUCAAUUUCCAGUUUUUGAUAGAUCAGUGAGGAAUGCGGCCCCCUAGAGGCGGUGGUGGGCCUUUCAGGGGUCGCGGCGCCGGCGGGGGAAGGGGCGGCCGUUUUGGCGGCGGCCGCGGCGGUUACGGUGGUGGUCGUGGCGGAUUUCGCGACGAAGGCCCUCCUGCCGAAGUAGUAGAGAUUUCGACAUUUGUUCAUGCGUGCGAGGGUGAUGCAGUCACGAAGCUCACCCAUGAAAAAAUACCCUACUUCAAUGCCCCAAUUUAUCUCCAGAACAAGACCCAGAUAGGAAAAGUUGAGGAAAUAUUCGGCCCCAUCAAUGAAUCGUAUUUUACGGUUAAAAUGAUGGAAGGCAUUGUAGCAACUUCGUACAUGCCCGGCGAUAAGUUCUAUAUCGACCCAGCGAAGCUGUUGCCUUUGGCCAGAUUUCUUCCGCAGCCGAAGGGGCAGCCGCAAGCAGCUGGAAGGGGUGGAGGUCGUGGAGGAGGCAGAGGAGGUGGUAGAGGUGGUGGUCGUGGAGGUGGUGGCUUUCGUGGAAGGGGUGGACCUAGGGGUGGGAGAGGUGGUCCUCCCAGAGGCCGUGGCGGUGGCUUUAGGGGCAGAGGGAGAUCAUAGAACAUCAUCACCCUUACAUUUUGGUGUUCAUGUUGUCUAGAGUUGUCAGUCCUGGAUGCAUUGAACGCACACUUCAAAUUUGAAUGCUCUUUUGAAAUUGUCUUGGGCUUAUUAAUGGAGUGAUCAGAUCCGUUGGCAUAUGCAAUAUUGCUCUGCUUUCAAUCUUUUUCCAGAUUGGGCUAUGUUCUUCGUUCUAGUUUGUAACAUUGUCGUUUUGAUGAGAAAUUUGAUGUCCAACUAUUGGAAACGAGUUUGGAUUUCAAAUCUUACUAUGAUGAAAUUAAGUGAGCAAAUUAAGGUCCA